AUGUCGUCUCGCGUUCCGCUGCUCACCUACGACCAAGAACACGAUGCCGAGGACGUAUUCGAAAAUGGACAUUCUCCAUCGUACCAUGAGAAGAAGGGAUACAAUGAUACACGCUCACCCAAGAUGCAGUAUAUAUCGAGAGCAUUUCAAUUCUUGACACGCGUCCUGGCGAUCUGGGGCAUUGUGUCGUUGGGUCUCCAAGCGUCAUCGGCUCUACAGCCAAGUAGCAGCUCGUCCGGGCACUCAUCACACAUGUCACAAUCGCACAAAGCUAUUAGCAAGAUUGAUGGAUAUCAUCCUGAAGUACUUCCACCUCUUCUCAAUCUAUGCGACUGUGGUACUUCCAUUCGAGAGGCAAUCUCACGAAACUGUACAUACGACACACUUGCUACAGCUUGGCUCCCACCCUACUGUAGAGAUGAUGAGCUCACGGCUGAGUUUGACAAGGCUGGGCCUGGGCCUGACGGUGCCUGGGCAUAUUUUGCCGACGAAGAAGGCAAAGUCCCACUGAAUAAGAGCGAGGUUGCGGCCUUGGGUGAUACGGGUGGUUCGUUUUGGGCAUCGCGCGACUGGCAUAUUGCUCAUUGCCUAUUUUACUGGCAAAAAUACCAUCGUAUGCGACACACCAAGAUCAUCAUGGAGGAACGGUUUGACAGUCUGCAUCAUGUCAAGCACUGCGGACGCCUAAUUCGCAAUCCAACGCCAGAUCACUUCUUUCUCAUCGAGGUUCCGGUGACCAUGAAUUCCAGCAAAGAUGCCUGA